AAGCUAUAAAGAGCAGGAUGGAUUCUGACCACCAGAAAGGUUAAGCAACAAGAAACAUAAUCUAAGAGUAGAGACCAGCGUUCAUUUUAUCAGAACUGAAAACACGUUGCCUAUGCCAGGCCUUUGGAGUAAGUGUCCAAAAGGAUUUACUUGAAAUAAAUCUUCGGUUGGCCUCAGUGAAGAGCAAACAGAGUUUCAGAAAGUAGCCUUAGAUUUUGCUGCUAAAGAAAUGGCACCUCACAUGGCUUUAUGGGAUGAAAAGGAAAUAUUUCCAGUGGAGACAAUGAGAAAGGCAGCACAGCUGGGUUUUGGGGGAAUAUACACUCAGACUGAUGUUGGAGGAUCAGGGCUUUCUCGUCUAGACACAUCCAUAAUAUUUGAGGCAUUAUCAACAGGUUGUGUGAGCACUACUGCAUAUAUGAGUAUUCACAACAUGUGUGUUUGGAUGAUUGAUACAUUUGGGAAUGAAGAGCAGAGACACCGGUUUUGCCCAUCCCUCUGUAGCAUGGAUAAGUUUGCAUCAUAUUGCUUGACAGAGCCAGGUAGUGGAAGUGAUGCAGCGUCUUUGUUGACCUCUGCAAAAAGGGAUGGAGAUUGCUACGUCCUUAAUGGCUCAAAGGCAUUUAUUAGUGGUGGAGGAGACACAGAUGUCUAUGUGGUAAUGUGCCGCACAGGAGGAAGUGGAGCCCGAGGAAUCUCUUGCCUAGUGGUGGAGAAAGGGACGCCUGGCCUGAGUUUUGGCAAGAAAGAGAAGAAGGUAGGGUGGAACUCACAGCCAACUAGAGCAGUUAUCUUUGAAGACUGUGUAGUCCCUGUCAAAAACAGACUUGGAGUGGAAGGUCAAGGUUUCAGUAUUGCCAUGAAAGGCCUAAAUGGAGGAAGAAUAAACAUUGCUUCUUGUUCUCUGGGAGCUGCUCAUGCCUCAGUAUUGCUUACUCGGGAUCACCUUGCUGUGCGGAAGCAGUUUGGGGAACCUCUAGCCCAUAACCAGUACUUGCAGUUCAAACUGGCAGAUAUGGCAACACGCUUGGUCACAUCACGGCUCAUUGUACGGCAUGCAGCUGACGCCUUGCAAAAUGGUACUGGGGAUGCAGCAACUCUCUGUGCUAUGGCAAAAUUGUUUGCUACGGAUGAGUGCUUUAAGAUUUGUAAUCAAGCUUUGCAGAUGCAUGGAGGAUACGGAUACCUGAAAGAUUAUGCCGUGCAACAGUUUGUUCGAGAUAUUCGUGUCCAUCAGAUCCUUGAGGGAACUAAUGAAGUUAUGAGGAUGAUUGUGGCCAGAAGCAUUUUACAAGAAUAGCUAUGGACCAGGACACAAUUCUGCAGUGGCACAUUGACAGACCUCAGUACGACCUGAUAUCAAAGAAACCUUGUUUUUUAUUGGACCCAUAACAUUGUUCUAGCCAUUUAGCAUUACAUAGUUUAUGGGGCAUUAUCAGUGAUGUUUGAGGCACAGACACAGCCAAGGAAAUGUUUGUCUACAGAGAAAAUAAGAGAAGGAAUUUGCCCAAGAUGUGGACUAAGGAACCAGCUUGACAGACCUGAAGCAGAUGUUACAGCUGAAUAACUACUGCUUUUCCUGGAAAGCAGUGCUGCUAGUCAUUCUUCAAACUUACUGUUACUAAAGAAAAGCCUAAUGGUGCAGGUGUAUUGUUGUUCAGAUUUAUAUUCCACUUCUGCUGUCUUUGCUAAUUUAUCCUUAUUAAACAUUAUGAUUAAUGUACAAUGACAAAUUAAAUGUUUUAAAUUAUA